ACUGCCAGGAGCUGCUGCCACCGCCGACAACCCCCAUGGCCUACAUCCCUGGUGGGGGCACCCCAGCAGUGGGGGCAGCCCCUGUGGGCUCCCAGUAUUGCGUGUGCAAGGUGGAGCUGUCAGUGAGUGGCCAGAACCUGCUGGACCGGGAUGUCACCUCCAAGUCCGACCCCUUCUGUGUCCUCUUUACAGAGAACAAUGGCAGGUGGAUGGAGUACGACAGGACAGAAACUGCCAUCAACAACCUCAACCCCGCGUUCUCCAAGAAGUUCGUCCUCGACUACCACUUUGAGGAGGUACAGAAGCUCAAGUUCGCCCUGUUUGACCAGGACAAGUCCAGCACACAACUCGAUGAGCACGAUUUCCUGGGCCAGUUCUCCUGCAGCCUGGGCACGAUUGUCUCCAGCAAGAAGAUCACUCGGCCUCUGCUGCUGAUGAAUGACAAGCCCGCAGGGAAGGGCCAGAUAACGAUUGCUGCCCAGGAGCUGUCGGACAACCAGGUCGUCACACUGAGCCUGGCGGGGAGGAAGCUGGACAAAAAGGACCUCUUCGGAAAGUCAGACCCAUUUCUUGAGUUUUAUAAACCAGGAGAUGACGGCAAGUGGAUGCUGGUUCACAGGACUGAGGUGAUCAAGUACACGCUGGACCCUGUGUGGAAACCGUUCACUGUGCCAUUGGUGUCCUUGUGUGAUGGGGACCUGGAGAAGCCCAUCCAGGUCAUGUGCUACGACUAUGACAACGACGGAGGCCAUGACUUCAUUGGCGAGUUCCAGACGUCAGUGUCACAGAUGUGUGAGGCUCGUGAUGGAGUCCCGCUGGAGUUCGAGUGUAUCAACCCCAAGAAGCAAAGGAAGAAAAAGAACUAUAAAAACUCGGGCAUCAUUAUCCUGCGUUCCUGCAAGAUAAACCGGGACUACUCCUUCCUGGACUACAUCCUGGGAGGCUGCCAGCUCAUGUUCACAGUUGGGAUAGACUUCACAGCCUCCAAUGGGAAUCCCCUGGACCCUUCCUCUUUGCACUAUAUCAACCCCAUGGGCACCAACGAGUAUCUGUCAGCCAUCUGGGCUGUUGGGCAGAUCAUUCAGGACUAUGACAGUGACAAGAUGUUUCCUGCUCUGGGCUUUGGGGCCCAGUUACCCCCAGACUGGAAGGUCUCCCAUGAGUUUGCCAUCAACUUCAACCCCACGAACCCCUUCUGCUCAGGUGUGGAUGGCAUCGCCCAGGCAUACUCGGCCUGCCUGCCGCACAUCCGCUUCUACGGCCCCACCAACUUCUCACCUAUCGUCAACCAUGUGGCUCGGUUUGCAGCCCAGGCCACACAACAGCAGACAGCCACGAGCUUGCAGGCUAGUGGGGAGCCCGGCCUGGAAACCAGCUGUGGAUGCAAGGCGAUCAAUCCCGUGGUGACAGAGCCCUCUCCCACUUCUGUCUUGGAGGUGGGACGGUGGACCCCUGGGGUUGUAGUGGAACUUAAGAGGCUCCUGGACAACCUGGACUCUGCCUGGAGUGGGCGAGGAGCCCAGGACUUGUUAGCGGAGGCUGGGCACAUGGUCGUGAGCAUUAUGGCUGUCUGGCUGGCACAUUAGCAAGGGCUAAUGUCCAGUGCCAUGGUUCUGGGCUCUUUCCUGGGCUGCUAUCUUGGACACUGAGGCUGUCUGACCCGGGGUGUGGGGUGAGAGGGUGCAGAAACCUCCUCCCUCUCCACUAUUGGAGAGGCCAGGCCACCAAAAUGCAGGUGGUAGAGGAGGACAGUGGGGAAAGAGUCCCAGCUUUAAAGGCUUAUGUUUGAAUCCACACGGCCAGCUCCCAGCUGUGAGGCCUUUAUCAAGUCCCUGAACUGCUCUCAGCUCCUUUCCUCAUCUCUAAAGUGGGAAUCACAGUGUGAGGAGGGCAAGCACUGGGCAUGGGUGCUGUGUUAGCAGGGACUUCAUCACCCUGCCAGUUGGUACCCGAGGUCCUGAGGGAACACAGGUCCUGUGUGUGCCCACUUCCCUGGGGAGGAGGCCUGGGGGCCGCGGGCUCCAGUCUCCUAGUGGAGAGGUGUGGCUGAUUGAAAGGGGAAAGCCCAGAGGUUCGUUGGGAGGCCAGUCCUGCCCCCUGAGUGGUGAACCUGUUGACUGAGGCCAGGCCUCCUCCCUACCCCCAGGUUAGGUCCCCAGGAACAAUGGAGGGCUACAGGGGGACAAGGGUGUAGCUUGGGUUAUAAGGCCCCCCAACCACCGAGGGCGGCAGGGGAGAAGAGGGGGGCAGGCAGCAGCUGCCCUCCACUGCAGGGAUCCAGGCUGCCAUCUCCAUAGCAACAGGUAUCCCCAGCCUAGGGCUAGGUCUCUUAAAGGCACAGUGCAGAAGGUGCUGCAUGGCCGGCAUAGGGAGCCAGGGGGGUUAGAAUGGUGUGUCUAUGCCUCUACUCGGCUCGCUCGCUUGGGCCACAGCCGUGAGGUACAAGCAGGAGAGCAGGGCCUCCGAGGAGGCUGAACUUGGAGCCUCUGUAUGUUCCCCAGGGAGCAAAUGGCUUUGAAAGGCCAGGUGCUUACCUGGGGUCUGGCUUGGGUCUGCCCUCGAUGACCUGGACUAGGAUGGGUCCCCCAUUGCCUCUCCAGAGGAUCAGGCGAGAAGGCAAAGCCUCAGAGUUUUAGGGCCACAUAGGGCUUUUCUGUUUAUUUUAUAGAGGAGGAAAACCAUGUUCCUCCAAAAGGGGCCAGAGAGUGCUAAGGUGAGGGCCAAGCUGAAGCUGAGGUCUCAGCCUGCUCGGAAUGCUGGGUCUCUGCCCAAACCAGCCAGUGAGCCUUCCUGAGUCUCAUUCACCUACCCACCUUCGCAGUUCAUGCUAUGGCCAUGUACCACCCAUGCUAAUUAGUGUUUUUAAGUAAUUUCAUCAGGAACCUCUGUAGCCCAUCUAAGUAAAAAGUUACACUUGCCGUCUGUAGAGAGUAACAGUAAAAAUAAAUACAACAAAGCCAACCAGAUAGUGAAGCUUAACCAUGGGGCCCCGAAGGGCUGCACUUCCUGGCUGUAGGAAGGAAGGUUAGCAAACGGUAGGUGUUAAAGGCAGGCUUGAAUCAAAUUGGGCCUCUCUGCUGGGUACCGUUUGUGGAAUUUAAAGACCUGUGCAGAACUAAUACCAUAGCUUGAUGCUCUGUUUGCUGUGUGACCCCAAGUCUACUUACUAGCAGCAGAGUCCUGCGGUCCCAGAAGCAUCCGCCUACAUGACCAGUGCGACUGUUAGAGGCCAGCCAUGCUGAUGGGGCAGGAGUGGCUCACAGGGAUUUCUGUGCAGGCAAAGCAGAGCAAGGGAGGCUGGUCCCUGAGUCCGGGGAGGCCAGACUGGGUCUCCUUCCCCAGCCAUGGGCCUGACUGCCAAGAACGCAGCUAUCUCCUCUGGAGCGCUGCCCUCCUCCCCAGGGGUCAGGAGGUUUGGGGGCAUAGGGGGGCUGGGGAAGGG